AUGGAGGAUUCACCAGCCACUUCGCAAGUUAACCACAUCGCAGUUCGGCUACCGCCUUUUUGGCCUGCGAACCCUUACAUCUGGUUUGUCCAAGCCGAGUGCCAGUUCCAGCUCGCAGGUAUAACAACACAGGCUACUAGAUACCAGCAUGUCGUCUCCUCUCUACCACCUGAGGUCGCCUCCGACGUUGCCGACAUUCUGUGCGCACUGAUGGGCACAACACCUUACGACACCUUAAAAGCAGCCAUCAUCAAACGCACCACGGCCUCCGAACGUCGGCGUUUUCAACAACUGCUUUCAGGCGAGGACCUCGGGGACAGACGACCGUCCCAAUUCCUGCGCCACUUGCAGGGCCUCCUCGGCGAUCGGGCAGCCACCUUUGACGAAUCUUUUCUGAAGGAACUUUUCCUCCAGCGUCUGCCUUCGGCGGUACAAAUGAUCUUGGCCACCGCUUCGACCCUCUCCCUCAGUGAGUUGGCCCUGCACGUGGACAAAAUUAUGGAGGUUGCCCAACCCUCCGUUUGCGCCCUCGCUCCACCGGCAAGUCAUCCUGGGAAUUCUUAA